UAUUUGCUUAGAGGGUAAAAUAAAGGCAGGAACACACCAGACAACAUAAAUUAAACAACAAUUUGUUAAAAAUCUCCAACGCCAGGUUUCACUUCACAUUCCCAGAGAGACAAAACAAAACAAAAAUGGAAGACAUGAAGAAGAGAAAGAUGGACGAGGGAAGUAACAAUGGUUCUGGCGAAACAUCAACCACACAAGAUUACCUUCGUUCACUACUUGACCCUCUUAAUAAAUCCCAGCUUGUCGAUCUUCUUUCUAGACUAGGGUCCCAAUAUCCUUCAAUUGCAGAAGAAAUUAAAGGUCUUGCCAGUGCAGAUCCUGUCCAUCGAAAGCUUUUUGUCCGUGGCUUGGCCUGGAACACCACCUCAGAAACCUUGUGUGCUGCAUUUCAAAUGCAUGGCGAGAUAGAAGAAGGAGCUGUGAUCUAUGACAAAGCGACAGGAAAGUCACGUGGCUAUGGUUUCAUUACAUACAAGCAUAUGGAAUCAGCACAAAGUGCACUAGGAGCACCCAGCAGAUUGAUUGAUAGUCGGAUGGCUGUCUGCAAUCUAGCUUGUGAGGGAUUAACUGGUGCAAGCACUACACCUGAUCUAGCCCAGAGGAAACUCUACGUUGGGGGUUUGUCGCCAGAGAUCUCAAGUGAGAUGCUGCUUAAUUUUUUUGGAAGAUAUGGGGAUAUUGAGGAAGGCUCAGUUGCGUAUGACAAAGAUACUAAUGAAUCACGUGGGUUUGGUUUUGUUACAUACAAGACAGUGGAGGUUGCAAAGAAGGCCAUAGAUGAUCCACACAAGUUGUUUGGGGGAAGAACAAUCAUUGUGAAGCUUGCUGAUACCCACAGGAGCAAAACAGUACAAACGCAUUUACCAGCACCCAUGGUUCCCCUACAAGUACCAAUGGGAGCAGGUGGAUAUGCACAGCCAGGUAAAGCACCCGCUGGCGGUGGUGCCCCUGUUGGUUAUCCUUAUCCUCAAACUGUAGCUCCAUAUCCAGCUUCUUCAUACCCUAAUCCUCCAGUUGCACCUGCUCCAUACCCAACACAAACUCAGAUUUCUUAUGCACAAGUUCCAUCGAAGAAAGAACCAUUAGGGCAUUCACCAGCACCACCUGUCGGAAUGGGUGGCUACCCCCCCUAUUACUACCCUAAACAGUGACCUAUUCUCACUGCAAUUUCAGUGCUACUAAGGCCUAUGCCUCCCUAAUGUGGUACUUUUUAUGUUGUCAAGUGGAGCUGUGGAUGGCUCCAUGAGACAGUAGCUGUUGAGAGGCUCAGAAAGGCAAACAAAGUGAAAUUUUGAUACUAGAUGAUUUUUAUUUUUAUUUUUAUUUUUAUUUUCGUUUU